AUGUGUCUCGACAUCCUCUCAGUAUUCUCCUACACAUCCUAUCACGACUCCCUCACGAGGCCCCUAUACCCCGGUUACACAAUCUGGGGCACCCAAGAGUGUCCAGAUAUGCAAAAAUUAUCCAAUACUAGAUCCGUGCGUGCAGAGUUCCCCUGUCCAAAUAGUCCCAAUCGACACUGUGUCAAUGAGCGCAUGGAUAAUAGUCGAAAUUUGUAUCCAAUGUGUACCAAACAUUCAAGAGGCAGGAUGACUGAACAGGAGCUCGAGCGUAGAAGACAGGUGGUUCUGAGAGAGAAGCUGAUUGCUGAACUGGGUUUGGAGAAUAGAAGGCUGGAUUUGAUUGCAUGGGAAAAGGGACUUGAACAGGAAAAGGAGAAUAGAAGGCAGGCGGAACGCACAAGACAAGAAAGGGCCUUCGAAAACUGGGCACUCGAAAGACAAGAAGAAGUCGGCAAACAAAAUGUACCUGCAAGGAGACAGCCCAGCGCACCUAAAGAAUCCGCGAGCCAGGAUGUAGCUAGAAGAUAUGUACGUCGCCAACCUGAUUUGUGGGAGAGAGGAGAAAGAAGAGAAGAGGGCUAUAGAAGUCAGAUCGGAUAUUCAAGCCAGGUGGGACAUUCAAGACACCCGGAACAUGCAAGACAAAUAGAACAUGCAAAGGAAGGCGAACCCAAAAGACUGAAACAAGAUACAAAACAGAGAGUACUCAUGAGCGAGAGAGAAUUUCAGGACGAGAAUAAGAAUAAGAAUGAAAAUGAAAAUGAAAAUGAAAAUGAAAGUGACAGAAUCCAGAAGCAGCUCGAACAAGAAUACAUCGCAGAGGAAGAACAUCGAAGAACUAGACAUGAAAGGGAAAGACAGAGGUACAGAUAA